GGGGGGGUGAAUGUAAAGUCAGUGUCAUGGCGCCGGGGAUCAUGUCGGCUUGUUGUCGAGCGCUGCUGCUAUGUCUCUACUUGCUUGCCUGUUUCCUUCAGGUCCACAGUCAGACACAAGUGUUCCGUCAGUCCUCACAGGCCCACAGCGUGCUGCUAAGGUCCAGACGGGCCAACAGCUUCCUGCUAGAGGAGCUCCUACAGGGGAACCUGGAGAGGGAGUGUUAUGAAGAGCGCUGCAACUUUGAGGAGGCUCGAGAAUACUUCGAGGACACGGGGAAGACGAUCAUCUUCUGGACAACUUACAUGGAUGAGGAUCAAUGUGAGCCCAACCCCUGCCUACAUGGUGGAAACUGCACUGACCUGCUGCGUGGGUUCCACUGCUCCUGCGUGGCCCCCUACCGUGGCUCACGCUGUGAACAGGGACGCCUGAAAGAAGAGAAGCCAUCUUCAGCAACACAAGUCAUUAUACCAGAAAUGAAGAAGUGUCCGACUGAAGGGCCGAAAGCCUGCCAGCAGCUGUGCACAGCCUCCUACCACUCCUUCACCUGCUCCUGCAUGCCGGGGUUCAGGCUCCACAGCGACAAAAGGACCUGUCUGCCUGAAGUGAAGUUUCCAUGUGGAAGACUUCCUGACACGUCCAACUCGUCUGAGUCAAUGUGUCGUCAAGGAAACUGCCCCUGGCAGGUGUCUCUGCUGAACCAGAGCGGGAUGGAGUUGUGUAGCGGAGUAGUGCUGGGACGACGCUCCGUCCUGACCACUGCUCACUGCCUCGUCCUAGACUCAGGGUCCGACCCCCAACCGUCUAACUUCCAAGUCACUGCUCGCAACAACCUACUGGUUCCUGUACAGGCUUUGUACAUUCACAACCGCUUUCGCACAGAUCACCUUGACAACGACCUGGCCCUCCUUGAGCUAGCUGCCCCGCUCCCCUUUGGCCCUGACCUCAUCCAGCUCUGUCUCCCCACCAAGGACUUCAGUGAGAAUGUUCUGAUGCAUUCGAGGAGGAUGGGGGUCAUCGAAGAAAAGGAGGGUGGACAAAACCAGGACCUGGUCUACAUGACACUUGAUGAGUGCCACAGUCAGCUCAAUGUCUCAUAUCCACUUACCAAUAAAAUGUUCUGCAUGACAAGGCAAAAAAGGAUGCAGGGGACUGGACUGAAAGGAAACCAAAACAGUGAUGUAAGGAACAGAAAUGGGCUCCAUGGGACGGGUCCCAACAAAGCUCAGAGACCACAUGGACAUUCAGGGAGUCCCAGAGGGCACAAGAGAAUGAUGGAUGAACAUCCUGAGAACAGGGGCCACAAUCACACCGGUCACACUGGAGGCCAGGACGUGUCACAUGGAUCAGAAGCCCACAACAGCAGCAUCCAUAAGGCGUCAGAAGACGGCGAUCUGCUGCCAGGAACACCCGUCGCUACUGUAGAGCAUGGGACAGCAUAUCUGACCGGGCUCAUGAUCUCACCACCUGCAGACAGCGGCGGCCUGGUGUUCACCAAACUGUCCCGCUAUCUAAGCUGGAUUAGACCAAGCCUGGAGGCUGCAGAGAAUAACAUGACCCCACAAGUCAGUGAGUAUCCUGAGAUUCACUAGCAGCCCUCUUUAAGGACCCGGCUUGCUGAGCGCUGUCCUAAAAGGCCCUCACAGCACAUUUACCUGAAAAUCAGUCACUUUACAUGAGCAGUGCAUUCUCCACAUGUCGUUCUACAUGUAGGUCUGUUCAUCUUCUGUUGACCACUGAAUUGUAAAACAGUUUGAGUUCCUGAUUCUGUGCAUUUGGGAAUAAUCAACUCACAAAUAAGCUCCAACUACAUAUCAUGGAAAAAAAAACUUCAAUAAAUACUAAUCUUAAUGCGUGAUAAGUGUUUUAUGAGA